AUGUCUGUCGAAAAGCCUUCAACGCGACCAGACCCUCUCGCACGCGAAGUACUGCAUUCGGACGAAGAGACUGGUUCCGAAAAUCACCAUGAGUCUGCGACGAAAGAUGACCUGCAAAUAGACAGUUGGAGGGGAUGGGUUGUUGUCGCAGCUUCGGCAUCUUCUCUUUUCGUGUUCAUGGGUGUCAUUUACUCCUGGGGCAUCUUACAGGCAAACCUGGCACACAACUCCAGCAUGUCCUUGACCACAUUGACGUUUGUCGGCUCACUUGCAACAUCAUUCAUGACUUCGAUAUGUGUAUUUGUCGGCAAGGCUGUUCGCAAAUUCGGGUACCGAGAAACUGCAAUUGCGGGGGCUAUCUUGCUUGGCCUGGGGGAAUUUGCGUCGAGUUGGGUAACCCAUAAUCUGGGUGCACUUUUUGUCACUCACGGUGUCAUAUUCGGCGUCGGCGGUGGAUUGACGAUCUUGCCGUGCUCUACUGCACCUUUGCAGUGGUUUCGAAAGCGCCGUGGUCUCGCGACAGGCGUCGUCUUCGGUGGUGGAAGUCUUGGCGCAGCCGUCAUGGGCGUAGCGACAAACAGUAUGGUUGCCCGUAUUGGCGCACCUUGGACUUUUAGAAUCUUAGGAUUUAUGUUGUGGGCAGUCUGUCUUCCAGCGGCUUGUCUAAUGAAACAACCUGCCUCAACGCGGAACGCAGUGCCGAAGCUUCAAUGGCACCGAUUCAAAGAAGUCGACUUCCUCCUCAUAUUCUUCGGUUCCGCUCUGGCUUGCUUCCCACUAUUCAUUCCUCCUUAUUUUAUUCCGAUCUUUGCUCGCUCAAUAAGCCAAUCCGGAGACAUCGCAAUCAUUGGCUUGACGAUUUGGAACAUUGCAUCUACGGUGGGACGAGUCUGCGCUGGGUACACCGCUGAUUCUCUCUUGGGGCCUCUGAACAGCUUUCUUGUUUCAUUGGUCUGCUGUGCAGUAAGCUCACUUGCUAUUUGGCCCUUUUCCUCUAACAUGGGGGUUCUUGCCGCGUUCGCCGUUAUCAACGGUAUAGGCUGCGGGUCGUUCUUCAGCUUAUUCCCUACGGUCCUCGGCUCUGUUUUUGGUCCGGAAAACACCAUGGGAGUGCUACCUAUUAUGUGGGGUGGCUGGUUCUUCGGUUUCUUCUUCGGAACCCCCAUCGCUGCGCAGCUCUACGCGCUGGCUGGAACGAGGACUGACACCGCCGCGUAUCGACCUGCGGCGUAUUAUGCAGGUGCCAUGUCGGCUAUUGGCAUCGUUUUCUUCGUUAUUCUGCCAUCGGUAUUUCACAGCAUCCACAGCGACGGUUCCACGACGGGGGCCCACGAGCUGGAUGUCAGCGCGCUAGAACACCUAUCCUGCGAUAAUUGUCGGGCGUCCAAGGUGAAAUGCAUUCACGCAGGAAACUCCAACAGGAAAAUCGAAGCGCAAGAGAACGCGGCAAAUUGGGGACUCGGCGACGCCUCCCAGGAACUAGCUAUCCUGCACCUUCCUAGCUUCAUAGAAGAGCUCCGCUCACGCAGUUCCAAAGAAGUCAUUGCUUUGUUGAGCGCAGUGCUGGCGGUGACGCGCUCCCAAAUAUGUGUACUGAAUGCGUCUUGGGGAGAGGAUCUUUUGCCGCGGGAGCACUAUGCAUUGUACGCGAAAGACCUCUUGAAGGAUCUCAUCUUACAGCAUCCAAAUAUUCAAGUGGUUCAAGCCCUGCUAAUUAUCACGCUGCAUGAAUGGGGCUCCAGAGACUUCCACAAAGCGUGGAUCUAUUGCGGAGUCGCUAUUCGGAUAAUGCAGGCUCUCCAUAGUUUAAGAGUCGCACCAUAUCCGUUGGAUUUGACUUCGGAGCGGAAAACUGAUGCCACUUCCACAGCUAUUGAGACUCGCACCUACUGGGCUUGUUUCAUCAUGGACUGCAUGGUAAACUCAGGAACUUACAAUCCACCGAUGCUUCCAAUGUCAGAAAUGAUAAAGCUGAAGAUUCCUCGACCAGUCGGUAUCGUUGAAUUUGCAUUUGGGCCCGAUUCAUCCUCCGGAGCGCCACGUAGCGAUGAAUCUUAUGCUAACCACAGCACCGGUAUACUCGACAUCACCCAAGGCUUUGAGAUUCUGGUGGCUGGGUUCGAUAUCUGGACGCAGGUGAUGACUUUUAUUUUUCAGGAUGGACGUCGCGCGCCAGGGAUGUGCGCACCUCCAAACUGCCCAUGGGUGCCGGGAUCGCCCUGGUUCACGUCUCGCGACCAACUGGACCACUGGAGGGCAAGUCAACAUCGCAAGCUAUAUUAUCCGAACAACUCAGUUGCAGUACAUAUGACCUUGGGAUAUGGCGAAACAUUUGCCUAUUUGAAUCUUUUGUACUACGUCAGCACAUUGAUGCUCCAUCGGGAAUACUUCCCUUUCCUGCCGACGCUGGAGGCUACGCCGCAAGGGCCCGUGGACCAUCCAAAGCUGGAGGCUACUGCCCCAGAAAGAUGGUGGGAUGAUAGUGCGUCGAAGUCUGCAAGCGAAAACAUGUAUGGAUAUGUGUCUCGACUAUCUGAGCGAAUUUCGAAAAAUCUGGACAAUUGCGGACGGUUGGAUAAAAACAAUUCAGCACGCGUCGCUGCUCUACUCUCGAGCCGUAGAGAAUCGGUCAAGAUACCAAGGCAGAACAAGGACUGA